ACAACAACAGCAAUUCCAGCAACAUAUGCAACAACAGCAGCAACGAGCCUCAGCGAUUCAAGCAACGGGAAGAAUACCCAAUGGCAGACAUGGAUCGUUUGAGAUGGGUACAUCUACUAUAUGAGCUGUAGCAAAAGAAUUGGAUAUUGACAAUCUCUGUGUUUGUUUGAAUGGAUUGGGCAAGAAAGUUUUUUUUUCUUUGUUCUAGUUAUUGGCAUAAGCUUCAUUUUUUUUAUUCAUUUGUAAAUCUGCAUUCCAUUGCCAUUGGACUUUAGGGCAACCAAACCAAGGGUGGGGAUACGGAUCGGGACCAAUGCCCGGAAUGAAUCAAACGCGGCCUCCUCUUUCUGGUUUCCCAAAUGUCAUGCAAUCAUCCUUGUUGCAACAGCAGCAGCAACAACACCAAAAUCCGACAUCGCAACAGUUGCACCAACACCCUACACAUCAGCAUGAGAUCCUUGAUAUGUCGGAUUUUCCUGCUCUUGGGAGCGUCAAUAGCGCAUCCUCUAAUCCUGGUCUAUCAUCUGCUAGUUACGCUAGUACGGCAGGAACACUGGUGAAUGCAAAUUCAUCUACUGCAGGCAAUGGGUUGUCACAGGAGUUUAGCAUAGAGGAUGAUUUCCCAGCAUUGCCAGGUGCAAGACCCAACUCUGCUGGCUCUGGUCGUCAUUUCGGUUCGAUGCAACUACACCAACAGCAACAGAGUUCGUCUCGGAACCAACAAACUUUGCAGCAUCAUCCUUCGCAGCAACAAGCGCAGCAUAUGCUUCAACAGUCGCAACUUGAUGGCUUGGGGGCAUUUUCAUCUCUGAUAAGCCCUUCAUCAGGGCCACAGAUGCAGCAGUCCAUGCAGCUUCAACAACAACUGGCUAAUGACAUUAUGUUUCAACAGCAGCAAUCAUUGGCGCAACAGCAGAUUUUGCAUCUAAAUGGUUCUCAUUCUCCACUCAGUGUCCACCUCUCAAGUUCAUCCAAUGAUCUUGGAAAGUCGACAAAGGUAGCCACGACCUCACAACUGCGGACUUGGCUCAAUACCUCAUGUCUUAGCUAUCCUUUACAAGGUUGCUCAUAUCAGCUUUUCACCCUGCCUUAGAGUUAUGCAACAAAAGCCGGAAAUGGAUCAGGGCUAUUCCUGACAGCAAGUAGUCCCAUGUCAUCGACGUCAGCGCUCUCUUCUUCUGCUACAUCAAAAGCUGGUAGCAACGUGCC